AAAUCCCUCAUUUAUUUGGGCCAAUUUCAUGUAUUUCCCAACACCACGGCUCUCGUUCAUUGUUUGAUUGAAAACAAAUUACAGUGCAGAGAGAGAAAAUUUCUCGAAGCGAUUGCAACUCGCAAGAAAUUAAUCGGAAGACUUCUUCGAUAUGGCUCUGAAGUUUCUGAACAAGAAGGGAUGGCACACGGGUAGCCUCCGCAACAUCGAAAACGUGUGGAAAGCCGAGCAAAAGCAUGAUGCCGAACAGAAAAAGCUUGAGGAGCUUCGCAAGCAGAUUCACGAGGAACGGGAGCGUUCCGAAUUUCGCCAACUUCAGGAACAAGCUGGACUUGUCCCGAAGCAAGAGCGAUUGGAUUUUUUAUAUGAUUCAGGAUUAGCUGUUGGGAAAGGGGGUUCUAGUUUUAAAGAACUCGAAUCCUUACCAAGGACUGAUCCUGAUACCACUGCCUCUUCCUCUUCGGCUGCCACCACUAAGCAGCAGCAGUCGUCGGCACCGGGAGCAUUAUUUGAGGAGAAACCACAAGCUGCUAAUGAUGCGUGGAGGAAAUUGCACACGGAUCCAUUGCUUUUGAUUCGUCAAAGAGAGCAGGAAGCUCUUGCUCGUGUGAAGAAUAACCCCGUCCAGAUGGCCAUGAUUCGAAAAUCUGUGGAAGCUAAGAAGCCCAAGGAAAAGAAUCAUAGAACGAAAGAUGAGAAGAAAGGGAGAAAAAAGCAUCACCACAAGAAGUCUAAACAUCAGAAACAUUCAUCGUCAGAAAGUGGCUCCGACUCCAAAGAUACCACUUUGCCAGAGGACAAAAGAAGAGAUGCAAGUCAUCACAAGGGCUCAAAAUAUGACAAGCCUUCACAUAAAUCAUCCCGGAAUCAGGAUGAAGACUCAACUGAAGGGGACGUUUAUAGAAAGAGAAAUUAUCACCAGGACGACAAAGAACGGAGAUCUAGUGACCAUUAUCUGAAAGUUGACAAGAAUGAAGAACAACAUAGAAACAAGAGGACUUAUAAUGACUCUCAAUGUAAAGAAUAUUAUUCAGACCGACAUGUGGAAUCCCGUCAUGACAGGAAAAGCCAUUUCGAUUCUUCUGAUAAACCACCAAGGCAUGACUCAAAUAAUAGACGUCGAACUUCUGUUAAGCUUUCUGAAGAAGAGAGAGCUGCUCGGCUGCGGGAGAUGGAAAUGGAUGCUGUUAGGCAUGAAGAGCAAAGAUGGAAACGACUAAAGAAAGCAGAGGUGAAUGAUGCUCGGGAAGCCAUUCAUGACUCUGCUUCUCUGGGAAGGAACUUCCUUGAUGCUGCUCAAAAGAGCAUAUAUGGUGCUGAGAAGGGAGGAAGCUCCACCAUAGAGGAGAGUGUUCGUCGUCGAACACAUUAUUUACAGGGAAGAUCAGAAAGCGAAGGCAAUGCUUUCCGACGUUGAGUCAUGAUUGUUAGAACAAACACACAAACGGCUUUGACCCAGCUUUUGUAAUGUAAAAAUAAGACUUCUACAUGCUAUCUUCUUGUAAUGAAAAAUAUCAUGAUGAUCCUGCAAGAUUACAGCUGCGUUUAUUGUAUUAAAAUUUCUUAUGACCUCGUACCAAAAACUACCGAUUUUACUAGGAUUUUCAACAGCCUCUCUUCAUUAUAAAUUUUUUGAGUAUCUACAGAAGCACAAGGUGUGAUUUUACCCAUUUUAUGGCCGUGAUCUUGACAUUAAACAUUUGUAAUGAUUUUGAUUUGUUUAUAUGCGGAUGAUAAUAUUUUGUUUA